UUUUUUAAAAAAACCCGGUUUUUCUCUGGACACUACACUCUACUCCGCACUUUCAUCCUCGUCUUCUUCACAGACGACGACCUUUUCUAAUUCUCCAUUCCUUCUACAUCACUUUCUGUGCCAUUCCUCCUUAAACUAUAUACUACCAUAAUUCAUUAUUAAUUAUUAAAUAUUAUUAUUACAGUAAGCCUGGAUCUUGAAUCUUCCCCUUUACAGGCAUCUCAAUUAAUUACUGAUUUCACUGCUAAAUUUAGAGAUAUGAAUUAUGUAACAAAGGAAGGAAGAAGACGAAAACAGAGCUUACCGGGCAGCCAUGGAAGCUAACUGUGUUGCAGUUUUGCUGUUCAUCUCACUGGCCGGAGGUUUCGUCGCCGGGAAAGAGCAAACCAGGAGGAUUCUGCAUCAACCUUUGCCGCAGACUACUUCAGCAUCGCCGUCCGGAUUGCCGCCGCCGCCGCCGCAGAAGGAUCAGCCGUUUUUUAACGAAAAUGGACAGCAAUCGCCGGAGCCGGCGCCGGCGCAGCAGAUAGUGGCGACGAAUCCUGCUUCAGAUCAUAGGUUAUCUAAAGCUAAGAAAAUUGCAAUUGCAGUAACGUCGGCGAUUCUUACCCUCGCGAUGAUGGCGGCGUUGGCGUUUUACCUUUACCGGCACUGCGCCGGCCGGGAGGAUGACUCGAGGAAACUCGUCGCCGGGGAUUCUGCCGACCGGAAUUCGAGAAUGCCUCCGGCGAGUUUUCUUUACAUCGGAACGGUUGAGCCGUCUUCUAGAAGCUUCGUGGAAGAUUCCAAUGGCGCCAAUUGCUCGCCGUACCGGAAACUGAAAUCGGAGAGAAGAUCUGAGCGUUACCGGCCGAGUCCUGACCUUCAGCCCCUGCCGCCGCUGCCGAGGCCGCCGCCGCCGCCGCCGAUGUCGUCGUCCGACGACGACAGCCACGACACCGAUUUCUACACUCCGCAAGGAUCGUCGAUCAGCAAUGAGUCGCCGGUUUCGCGCCAGACCACGCCGGAGCACCGUGCCGGUGGCGUUAUUCCCUGUUCGAAAGGGAAUUCACCAAAAUCUCGCUUCUCAUCACCGUCGCCGGUAAUAAUACCGUCGAUCAAGCAAUCGCCGCCGUUACAGACCAGCAAAACCAGAUCCUACAUCUCUGAAGGGACCAAUUUUGCAGCUCCACCUCCGCCGCCGCGUCGGAAACCUAAAAUCCCAAUUCCACCACCGCCGCCGCCAGCCGCUACAAAAAUUGGCGCUCCAGAAACACAGAACUCCAAGCAAACCAUAAAUACAGAAGAACAUAAUCUUACCCCUAAAUCAAAUCCAGAGUUCGAGAAAACGAAUCACAGCAACUCAGCGAAGAACAGCGUCGAUUCAUCACAGAGAGGUGAUGAUAGAGAGGAACAAAUCACAGGAACGAAGCCAAAACUGAAGCCUCUCCAUUGGGACAAAGUUCGAGCAACUUCCGAUCGCGCGACAGUCUGGGAUCAAUUGAAAUCAAAUUCCUUCCCGUUGAACGAGGACGCCAUGGAAUCGCUCUUCAGUUGCACUUCCGAAAGCUCAGCUCCUCCAGAAGCUUCUAGAAAUUCAUCACACCGCCAUGAAUACAGAGUGCUUGAUCCAAAGAAAUCCCAAAACAUCGCCAUACUACUACGCGCACUGAAUGUAACAAUCGAAGAAGUUUCCGAAGCACUCCUCGACGGAAAUCCAGAAGGACUAGGAACAGAUCUCCUGGAGACACUACUAAAAAUGGCACCAACAAAGGAGGAAGAGAUCAAGCUCAAACAAUACAAAAGCGGAACCUCGAGCUUAGGCUCGGCCGAGCGAUUCCUCAAGACAAUACUCGACAUCCCAUUCGCAUUCAAACGAGUUGAAGCAAUGCUGUAUCGAGCAAACUUCGACGCAGAGCUUGCAUACUUGAGGAAGUCUUUCCAAACACUAGAGGAAGCGAGCAAAGAAUUGAAGAACAGUCGCCUGUUUCUGAAACUGCUCGAAGCCGUUCUACAAACCGGAAACCGGAUGAACAACGGGACCAAUCGCGGCGACGCCACAGCGUUCAAAUUGGAUACGCUGUUGAAACUAGUCGACGUGAAAGGAACAGAUGGCAAGACGACGCUGCUUCACUUUGUAGUUGAAGAGAUGAUCCGAUCAGAACAACCAACCUCAGUAGUCUCCCGAUUAAGCGAAGAGCUCGGCAAUGUUAAAAGAGCAGCAGGGAUGGACUCCGAUGUCCUGAGCAGCUACGUCGCGAAGCUGGAGACGGGGCUGGAUAAAGUGAGAUCAGUUCGACAGUACGAGAAAGAAGGCAAAUUCUUCGAUUCGAUGACUGAUUUCCUCGACAAGGCUGCCAACGAAAUUUUCAGGAUUAAGGCUGAAGAAAGACAAGCCCUGUCUGUGGUGAAAGAAGCAACAGAAUACUUCCAUGGAGAUACUGCCAAAGAGGAAGCUCAUCCUCUCAGAAUUUUCAUGAUCGUAAGAGACUUUCUCGCCGUGCUCGAAAAAGUGUGCCGAGACAUUGAGAGGACCACCGGCGCCGCCGCUGCCGGAAGAUCUUUCAAAAUGCACCAUUACUGAAUAGAGGAGGCAAGAGACCAAAUUGUGUCUCUUAUGAAGCCAACUAUACAAUAGGAAGAAACAAAAAAACAAGAACAAGAACACAAAACUGCAAUUUAGGGGACAAUGAACUAAUGGAAUAAGUGAAAAGAAUUUGGUGAAGGUGUAAUCGAGAACUGACCGGCACAACGGCACUCUGCAGGUGUCUGGUUCAGCGCAGAUUCGAGAGUGCAGCUCCAAAAUUUGCCACAUUCUCUUGCAAUGGGAGCAGCCACCAGGGCCUCUUAAUUUACACCCUGCAAAGUGUCGAAUGAGUGUUUCGAGCCCCUUGCAAGCUGAGUACUGACAUGGGGCUUGAUCGGCUUGCAGAAUUUUGUCGUGGGGGCCUAUGGUUCGACAGCCGUCCCUGCAUAUGUGGACUAGAGCUUCCAUUGCUUCGUAUAGCUGUAUGUAUAUCUUCCUCUCGUUCAUCUUUCUUAUCCGUUCCUUUCGCCUCUGAAAAGGUAUAUGAAAGCAACGCCACAUUUAGAUAUAAAUGCCGAGAAAAUCAAGAUUUUGUUUAAUCUCGGUGUAAUACAUACAGCUUCUUGAUGGAUAAUUGAUUCGCGAAUCUCCUUUUCCAGCACCGGAUGGCUCUCCUUCAUGUCCCUCCAUCCGUCCGAGGCACAAACUGCCUUCAAAUUUGACAGGAUGAAACGAUGGCACAUUAGGCUGAGGCGAGGCGAGUCGCACAGCAACGAGAGUUGGAAUAUGUCGACUGCAUUCUCUGUCGUCAUCCAUUUGUGCUCGAGCCACCACUCGCAUAACUGCUUUAGCUUAGGGACGGCAUAGACGUGGGACAGAACAAGCAAAGUAAUGUGCAGGCGAAUUGUUGGUUACCAGGAUGAGUAUAAAUAUCUAAUGAAAAUGCAAACAGCCUCUGGGGGAACACCGUGAAUAGGAAUCGAUCGCCGCCUGCGAUCCCACCGGUUUGAUCUCUUCAACAUAGCUUCGAAGACUGGAGAAGAAAUCCCCUGCAAUUUCAAAAACCAGGAACCGAUGAACAAAUUUCCAUUUGUGAUCAGAUUGAAGUAGCAAGAGAUGCUUCGAUUCGAUUAACAACUUACGAGAAUGCUCGCGUGGGCGUAGAUCACACCGCCACCAUCUGUUUGAAUCGAAACAUCUGCUCGAUAAGCUUCAUCGAAGAGACGGUCCAGUAAACAAUUUCCGGCGGUUGCGGCUGGGGGAGAUAAAUGAUUUUCUCCUGUAAUGUUUGAUUUGGUUCUUACCAAACCUUUGUGAUGCAAUCUGGAGUUGAAUUUAGGCAAUGGAGGUGGAAUAGGCAUCGAUUUCUCUAGAACCGUGGGGCAUUCCUUGCAAUCCAUUCUGUCCACAAUUAUAUAUUA